AUCCUUAACAUUUUCCAUAUAAAAUCUUUCACAGAGAGAUUCACCAAUCCGUGCAAGGAUCAAAUAAAUAUUCAGAAAACACAGCAGCCUGAGCCUCUAACUCUAACUAAGUGGCCACCAUAUCUUCUUCUCCCAUAUCUCUGCCCAACAAACUCCCCAAUCGGACGACUAACGCACUUCUCUUCCUUCUCAGUAAACUAAAAAUAUAGAUUGAAGAGAACAAAAUAUGAGGCUGGCCAUACAGAGUCCGGGUCGGGCCGAGAAGUUCCCCCCGCCAUUGAUGAGGUUCUUGAGAACCAAUGUUGGGAGCAGAAGCAGAGGACGGUCACGUUCAAGCCCAAUGUUUGUUUUUCGGAAGAAGACCACCGCUAUUGAGACCCAAGAGCCCUCAUCUCCGAAGGUCACUUGCAUGGGUCAAGUUCGGGUCAGGCGGUCCAAACAAUCCGGUACCAAAUCUACUCGACCUAGCCGGACCCAAACUCCGGGUCGACGCCGUUGCGGAUGGAUCCGGCACUCGCUGUCUUGCUUCCAUUUCAAGAAAUUCGAAAUGCCCAAGUCGAUGAGAACCGUUUGGCGCAAGUGGGUACUCUUCUUUCAUGUGGAUUUCAAGGGAAGAAGAAGCAAAACUAGAGAAGAUUCUCCGAAAUUUGGGAAUAAGAGUGAAGAUCUAGAGGAAGAAGACGACGAAGAAGAAUAUGAACGAGAAGAUAUAAAGGAAGCUAGUAGAAUAUAUCCAUCGACUUCAAUUUCUUCACCGCCAAAGAACGCUUUCUUGUUGACUAGAAGCCGAUCUGCACCGUACAGGUCCUCAUCGUUAGCGAGUAGCUUUUGGAGCUCAGAAACGGAGCAGCAGAAACAAGAACAACAGGAUGAGAACAGAGAAGAUGAGAAUCCCACGUCAAAUACAGAGUCCAUCAGCGAAGAUUCGGGUCCAAAGUCGAGAACGGGUCUGGAAAUGAACCCAAAGAUCAUAACUUUCACAGACGUCGAUGUUUCGGAAUCAGAAUCAAUUAGAGAAAGAUUUUCUAGUGAUGCGAGAAUCGAAGAAGUGAAAACAAUGGAGGAGGUCGAGACUGCGCGGCGUUCGAUACUAACACGGUGUAAAUCAGAACCGGCAAGAAUUGCAGCGGCUCUAUAUCCAGAGUUGAGCUUCUGGAAGAAAAGAAGGUUGGGUUUCACGUGACUGAUUUAAUUCUUUAAUUUAUUUUUUUUUACUUCAUUGAAUUUUAUAUAUAUAUAUAUAUAUAUAUAUAUAUAUAUAUAUAUAUGUAUUAAUAAUUACAACAGUGUAGGAGAGAAUCUCUAUAGGCAGCUGUAUUUAUUAACUUUUUUUUUGUAAACAUGCUUGGAUUUGAUUAAGGGUGGAAAAAAAUCGGUU